AUGUUCCGCUUGCCAAAAGAGCGCGGGCGCCGCUGUGAUGAGAGGGGCCGUUGGCGGGGCAUCGAGCGAUUUGACGCCGACGGAGGAGGGGAAGCCGCCGAAACGAAAGAAGCAUGGGAGACGUCCGGCGAGGAAGAGGCGGAGGAGGACGCAGCGAACCUGGAACGGUCGGUCGAAGACGCCGACAGAGGAGAUGACGGCGAGGAAACCGCGCCUGGGAUCGGAGACGCCGAGCCUGGAGAGGCGGACAUUGCCGGGGGCGCAAGCCAGGCAGUGGCGGAAGGAUCUUGGUCGAGACGGCCGGAAUCGCGCAGGCGCGAUGCAAGCCAUCAAGAUGAGCACUACGCGGAAAGGUCGGGGGGAGGUAGAGGGACCGCGGGCGUCAGAGGAAAGAUUGCGCACUCGACAAGCGCCAAGCACAAGGGGGCUGGGGCGAAGACGGCGCAGGAUCGCCGGACAGGCAGCCGAUGCGCAAGGGAGGAUGGGAGGGCAAGCCACGCGCCCCCAGCCACCACUGGCGGCGGAAAGAAGGACGCGAGGAGGGGCCCAGUUCAUCAGAGAGGCGCGGCCGGCGGCAAGAGGAGCGCGGCUGGGAGGCACGGACGUCCGGCCCGCAAGCGCAAUGGGAGAGGAGGAUGGGCGGCGGAUUCCGCUCGCCGCUCGUCCGGCAGCAGCGAGGAGGAGAAGGCGGCGGAGACAGGCGCUCGCCCGGAGAUCAUCGGCAGCAAGGGAGGGGAGAAGCAUGGGAACCGUCGCCAGAGAGGCAGCGGCAGCGAGAGACAAGCACAGUGGGGUGGAGAGAGGCACGAGUCUCGCCGGCACGAACGCGAGGGCGUGCAGAAGAGGAGAGGGGCCCGAGAGGCACGGUGA